AUGAAUCGCAACCACGAUGAGCAUGACUACGAUGAGCUCACAGUUGUGCCAUCACGAGUCUUGCGCAAGGUCGACUGGCGCCUAAUUCCCCUCUUGUUUACCACCUAUAUGCUCAGUUUCAUGGACAAGACCAUCCUGUCCAGCGCCUCCGUCUUUGGCUUGAUCGAGGAUACGCAUCUGGUCGGGCAGCAGUAUAGCUGGGUGUCCAGUAUUUUCUACUUUGGAUACCUUGUCUGGCAAUGGCCCACGAACUUUCUCAUCCCUCGCGUCCCGGUGGCCAAAUACCUGGCCAUCAACACUCUCCUUUGGGGCGCCGUGGUCUCCCUGACAGCUGCUUGUGUCAAUUAUGAAGGCCUACUCGCAGUCCGGUUCUUGUUAGGUGUUGCAGAGGCAACAAUCACACCGGCCUUCAUGUUCAUCACUACGACGUGGUACACCCGCGACGAGAUCCCCGUUAGGACCAGUAUCUGGUUCUCGGGUAAUUCCAUGGGGGGACUGGUUGGAAAUGUUCUUGCGUAUGGUAUUGGCCAUAUAGAGCACCCUCUCCGUCCUUGGAUGUGGAUGUACAUCAUCCUUGGCCUUGCCACCUUCGUAUGGGGCUUUGCCAUUCUCGCAUUCCUCCCGGACACGAUUUCCAGUGCACCUUUCUUGACGGAGAAAGAAAGGGCAUUCGUCUCUCGUCGCGCCGUUACAGCUGGAACAGGCCAGACAGAGACAACCGAGUGGGAUUCCGACCAAGCAAUAGAAUGCUUCCGCGAUCCAAAAACAUGGCAUCUUCUAGCAAUUGUUGUCCUGACCCAGAUACCCAAUGGGGGAAUUCAGAACUUCGCAAACCUCGUCAUCAAAUCCUUUGGCUUCACAGCGCUGGAAUCCACCUUGAUCCAUAUCCCACUUAGUUUCACCGCCAGUGCAGCGAUUGUUCUCACGGGAUGGCUCGCAGGACGAGCCCGCAAUCUCAACUGCAUCCUCAUCGUAUGCGUCUUAGCAUGUUGCGGCACCGGUAGUAUCCUAGUCUAUGCUCGCGUCUACCACGUUUCACAGGGCAUCCAGCUUAUAGGAUUUUUCCUCCUGGCUACAGGCCCCGCCGCGUUCCCGUUAACGAUGUCCCUAGCCCAGACCAACUACAAGGGCGUCACCAAGAAAAUGACCAUGACGGGUUCGAUGUUCAUCGCAUACUGUGUAGGGAAUAUCGCAGGACCUCACCUGUUCGAUGCCAAUGAGGCGCCAGGCUACGAAUCUUCGUUCCGGGGAAUCCUCAUCUGCGAUGCACUUGCAGCGGCGCUGUCGCUUUCUCUCUACGUUUACCUGCGAAGUCUCAACGCUCGACGGGAUCACCAUGAAAAUACACAGGAGAAUCCCGAUUUGUCAGAUCCAAACCAGCCAGGCAUCCAUCGGAGCACCGAAACAUCUCCUCUCAUCCCGUCUACCAUCUCAAUGGUGGAUGGUGACGCGACCGACUGGAACACCCCUGGGUUCCGCUACCGCCUGUAGAUAGAACCAGGAAAACUAGAAGUAGGGCUACAUAUGAUAAUGAUAAUGGUAAUCUAACAGCCGAUACAAGAGCCGCGUCCCGGCGAUCCCGGCAGAUCCCAAGUUGAGCCCAAUAAAUGC